AUGGCCAACCAGAUCGCCCCGAAAGAAACAAGAACAGCCCCUCUGUUUUCUGCUAUUCCCGCGCAAGCGGCGAGCGGCAAGGCGGGAACGUCAGAAGCAUCAAUCAAUCCGGCCAAAUCGCCCACCCCCCGCCUCGUUCUUCUACCUUCCCGUUUCCCAACACCUAACUGGCCCAGCUCAAGCCACUGGUCAGACCAGGUCCAACAAAGAGCACCUCCGUCCCUCCCCUUCGUCAGCGACGGGCGCCCCCGACUCAACCAACAUCCAUCUCAGGCUGUCAGCUUCAGGAAUCUCGACUCGCCAUCCUGCCCUUCCCACCAUCGAGCUUUUAACAAGACCUUCCACACCCAAAGCUUCCGAACCAUUCCAGCCGCCAUGGCUUCCAAGGGAGUUUCUCUCCUGAAGUUCGUGGGAACUGUUUCCCUCGGUCUUCUGACUGGCCUGUCAUACUCCCUCUCGACCGUCACCGUUCCCUCGAUCCUCUCCCUCCCCUCCGCAUCCGACGCCCUCCGCGCCUUCAAGAACCUCUACCCCGGCGCGACCGCCCGCUUGCGCAUCCUGACCGGCGUCUCCGCCACCUCGUUCCUUCUUGCUUUCUUCCUUUCGCCGCGCGCCUUCCGCCAUCCCUACCUCGUCUACUCCUCCGUCCUCUGCCUGACCUCGGGCCUCGCCGAGCAAAUCACACCUUACAUCCUCAAGAGCUCCUCCGAGUCAUCCAAGCAGUCCAUUGCUGCCCGCCGACAGGCCAGUCGUGAGCGCGAGGAGGCCCGCAAGGCCGCCCGCCUCGCCCGCCAGGAAGCGCGCAUGGAGGCCAGCUAUGAGGUUCUCGGCGACGCGCACAGCGACGGCGCCGGCAGUGCGAGCGGUGACGAGGCCGCUGCCGCCGCUGCUAUCGAGGAGGAGGAGGCGCUGAACGGCGAGGAGGUCCGCGGCGAGGUCGAGAGCUUCAGGAAGACACAGCUCGUGCAGUCUGCCGUCGCCUCGUUCGGCUUCCUCUUGUCCGUCGUCGGCAUUUGGGGCGACGGCGCCAUCCAGGUCUUCCAGAGUGAGACCGCCAUCGUUGGCGUAUAA